CGGCACGGCACGGCACAGGGCAGCCUGCAGCCCCUCGCCAUGGCCUCCUGCCCCGUGGGGAGCAGGCGCUCCCCGGGGGAUCCCCACUCCUGAGAGCCACCCGUGUCUGCAGGCCAGGUGUGGCAGGGACAGGAUGGAGCACCCGGUUGAUCCCAUGGAUACGCCCUACGGGACACUCCUGCACAUCCUCAUGGCGAAGGCAAGGGGUCAACAGGAGCGGGAUGACGAGAGAGCCAAGGGAUGAAGGAGCAUGACAGGACACGUCCUUCCACCCUGUACCACCAGCACCUGGUUAAUGUCCAUUGUCACCCUGAGUCCUCCCCUGUCCUGGUGCCCAGCACCUCCUGGGUGAACUCUGGCCAGCAGAACCUGGAGAUGCACCAUCAUUCCCUCCAUCAGAUGUGGUUUUGGCUACACCCUUGUCUCCAACUGCAGCACAGCAGAUGCUCCUGUUCCCAAGUUACUCAUCCGAGCAUCCAUCCUUGUUGGAGGAAUCAUUUCAUCAGGGAUGGUGGUGGGUGCAGAGGGGUCAAGGUGCCAGCAGCCUUCCCUGGUCCUUUGCUGGACACCACAGAGAAGAGGGCUCUGAACUUCAGACAUCCAAGAAGUGAACAUGAUCCUUUGACCGCUUGUGCUCACACUGAUUUCCCAGGAGGAUGCAGAUCCAGCGUCUGAUCCUAACACAGUGCAGGAGGAAAUGUCCUGCCUUGUUAACUUGCACCGCCUUGAGCUGGGACCCGGCCCCAGUGCAGCUCCUCUCUGCGGGGCUGAGCUCAUCCCUCUCCACGGAGAAUGCCCGGCAGCCGAGGCCCCUCACCAUCCGGGGACACUCUCCCAAAGGCUCCUUUACCAACCCCCCCAGGAUUCCUCUGGGCCACAACAUUCCCCCAGACAAGCCUUUCUUCUCCUCCCGCCUUUCUUCUGUCAAGGAGCCCUCUGGGAGCGGCAGCAUUGUCAGGAUGGUGCCAAUUAGGCUGAGGCAGCUUCCAAGCGGCUGCGCUGGCCCUGCCGGGGCUGCUGUUGCUCAUCAAGGUCUCAUUGUUCGCCGCGCCGUGGGGCUGCUGCCCGGCGGGGCCGGCGCGGCCCUCUGUGCCCGGCACGCUCCCGCUCCCGUCCCUGCGCCGCUCAGGGGGCUCAUCAAGGGGUGUCAUUGCGGGGGCUGCGGAGGGAGGGCUUGCCCAGGCUCCCCCCCCCAGGCCCCCAGGGUGCGAGCUGAGAAAAACCAGAGGACCAUCAAAGUGGCCGAAGCUCCUGGAGGGGGGCAAAAUCUGGCAUCUUUGGCUCCUUUCCACGCUUUGUGCCUGACAAUGGUCGGGAUCGGCGACUAAUGUGCUUUUAUUAACUGCUCCCCCAGAUCUGGCUCGGAGAACAUGGCCACUGCGGGGAGGACAUUCCCAGUUGCCCUGUGGACACCGACGCCGGCUCCCUGGCUGGGGGGGAACACCACUGAGGUGGCCGAGGCAAAGUGUGUCUUCAACGAGGAGUUCAAGUUCAUCCUGCUGCCCCUCUCCUACAGCAUUGUCUUUGUGGUGGGGCUGCCCCUCAACUCUUGGGCCCUGUGGAUGUUCAUCUCCAGGAUGAGGCCCUGGAACGCCACCACCACCUAUAUGGUCAACCUGGCCGUGUCUGACACGCUCUACGUCCUCUCCCUCCCCACCCUGGUCUAUUAUUAUGCCGACCGCAACAACUGGCCCUUCGGGAAAUGGCUCUGUAAGAUCGUGCGGUUCCUGUUCUACGCCAACCUCUACAGCAGCAUCCUCUUCCUCACCUGCAUCAGCGUCCACCGCUACGUGGGCAUCUGCCACCCCAUCCGCUCCCUCAAGUGGGUGAAGACCAAGCACGCCCGCAUCAUCUGCGUGGGUGCCUGGCUCGUCGUCACCGUCUGCCUCAUCCCCAACCUCAUCUUCGUCACCACCAGCUCCAAGGGCAACACCACCCUGUGCCACGACACCACCAAGCCCGAGGAGUUCGACCAUUACGUGCACUACAGCUCCUCUGUCAUGGCCCUGCUCUUCGGGCUCCCCUUCCUGGUCAUCGUGCUGUGCUACUGCCUGAUGGCCAAGCAGCUCUGCAAGUCCAGCUUCUCCAGCCCCAGCCCACAGAUGCCCUCCUACAAGAAACGCUCCGUCAAGAUGAUCGUCAUCGUGCUCGCUGUCUUUGCCAUCUGCUUCGUGCCCUUCCACAUCACCCGCACCCUCUACUACACCUCCCGCUACUUCCAAGCCGACUGCCGGACCCUCAACAUCAUCAACUUCACCUACAAGAUCACGCGGCCCCUGGCCAGCAUCAACAGCUGCCUCGACCCCAUCCUGUACUUCCUGGCCGGGGACAAGUACCGGGGGCUGCGCCGGGGGGCCGCCCACCGGCUCCGGCCCGUGCCCACCUGCAGCCUGGCCCUGGUGUCACCCUACACGGACACCCUCAGGGACAGCAGCCACGUGGCCAGUGCCACCCGAGGCACAGGGACAGCGCGGAGCGGGGGCGGGUGCUGAGGGGCCCAAGGGGGUCCCAUAACCUCAUCCCUGGGCUCCAGGAGCUGCAGCCCCUCCGGGCUCCAUGUGGGCACCCCCAGACCUGCCCUGCCCCUGCCCAGCCUCUGCAGGGCUGAGGGCUGGAGGCCACAGGGACAGUGCCAGCCCUGCCCUGGGAUGCUCUGCAAGGAGGGUGCUGGUGCUGGUUGGGGCAGGAGAGCACGCCUGGGAAUGGGAAGGACACUGAGGAGGCUGUCUGGGGGAAGCAGGCUGGUGUCCCCUCCCAGGGCGCUCCUGGGGACACAAGGGGGGUGACAGGUCACUAAAGAGAAGGGACACUGGUCCUUCCCUGGGCAGGCACUGCCCUUCCAGACUGCUCGUAUGGGGAACAGACUGAACCAGGGGACAGAGCCCACGCUGGGGUCCUCCCUGCCUGGUUCUCAGAGACGUCUCUGUCACCCCACUGGCCUUGGCAGACGAGGAGAGAUGUGACAUGGGGCACUUGCAGCACUUGCUGCCUGCCACCCCCCAAUAAAGCCCCUUCCCCUUU